CGCGUGUGCGCGGGGUGGGGAGUGCCGCUCGAAGGAGCAGGUGCAGAAGCCGGGAGUGCGCUCCGCCCAGGUUAUCCGCGACGCGCGAGUGGCUGCGCGGGGAGAGACCGCGAGGAGGGGCAGGCGCUCCCGGGUGCGGCCGCGGGACCCCUGUUUGUGGGACCGCGGCCCCCGCGCCCGCGCCGCCGAGCGUCCUCCGCCCGAGGGAGCGGGGCCGUGGGGGCGGCCGCCGCGAGCAUGCGCACGGGCGCUGCGGCGGGCGGUGCGGGGCGCGGGGACGCGGGGCGGCGCGAAGCGGGGCCCUCUGCCGCCCCGCGCUCCCAUGUACGCCUUCUACUCGCUGCUCAUCUACAUCUUCUACAGCCUCUUCCGCAGGGAUGGAGGGGCGGCGGCGGCCGCCGGGGACCCCGGCCAGAGAGACAGCCGCAAGCCCGCGGGUCGCCGUCGCCCUGAGCAGCUCGCGCCGGAGUUGUGGGCCGAGCUGACCGGCCUGGCCGGCUGCGAGGAGUCUGAGGAUGAGCCGGAAGUGGGCGCGGAGCGCCGCGGGGCCGCCGUAUCCCUGGAGGAGGCGCUCACGCGCCUGGCGGAGUUCCUUUCUGUCCAGCUGGGGGCGGGAGAGAGCUGCGGGACUGCUCCGGACCUGGGCCAGCCCGGCGAGCUGCCCCCGCUGCUGACCGUGACCAGUCAGCUCUUGGCCCUUCUGGCUUGGAUUCGGAGCCCCCGAGCAAGGCGGGCCUUCCUGCAGGGGACUCAGCCGGCCUCCUGCGUGCAGCCGCUGCCUCCAGAUGGACCCCUGCCUGCUCAAGAAGACCCUUCCGACCUCACCCCAGGCCCCGGGGAGGCGGCCAAGGGUGAGGCCCUGGGGCAGCAGCCCCUGCAGCUGGAGGAGGACCAGCGAGCCUGGCAGCGCCUGGAGCAGCUCGUCCUGGGACAGGGGGCGACAGACUCAGAGAAAAGAGUGCAGCAUCUCACCCUGGAGAAUGAGGCCCUGAAACAGAGCCUGAGCCUCACCCGGGACCUCCUGCGGCACUGGGGCGCCGGCCCACCAGCCAGGGCCCCACAGGAGGAGGCAGAGGCGCUGGGGGAGCUGCAGGGCCGGCUACAAGAGGCCCAGCACACCACCGAGGCCCUCCGCGUCCAGCUGGGGGUGCAGGAGGCGCAGCUGCAGGGGCUCCGAGCCGCCCUCCAGCAGCUCCAGCAGGAGGCGGAGCAGAACUGCCGACAGGAGCUGCGGCAGGUGCACGCGCAGCUGGCGGGACUUCGGGCACGGAUGGCCGGUCUGCGUCAGGGCUGUGGGGACCUCAGAGGACUGGUCAGCACCUUUACCCAGAGCUGUCAGGGUUCACUGAGUGAAGCUCAAGGCCAGGUAACCUGGGCCCUGGGGGCACUGUCGGCCAGCGAAGCUGGGACUCCGCUCCCCGAGGGGCAGCAGGGCCCCCCAGCUGGAUGCCCAGGGCGCCUCCUGGAGCUGAGGGGGAACAUCCGGCUGCUGUGUCGCCUGAGGCCAGGGACGCCUUCCAGCCUGGUGAGCGUGGAACCCGGGCGCAGGGGCACGGUCACCACCUGCUACCGAGGGCGCCAGCGUUGCUUCCGCCUGGACUGGGUCUUCGCUCCCGACGCCAGCCAGGAGGAGGUCUUCAGGGAGCUGGAGCCAGCCGUGCUGUCCUGUCUCCGAGGCUACAGCGUCUGCAUCUUCACCUACGGACAGACCGGGGCAGGGAAGACCUACAGCAUGGAGGGCCCACCCGAGGACCCGGGCAUAGCUCCUAGGGCGCUGCAAUCGCUGUUCCGGGAGAUGGGGGCUGCAGGGCGGCACCGUGUGACCCUCAGCAUGGUGGAGAUCUACAACGAGGCCGUCAGGGACCUCCUGGCCCCUGGGCCCCCGGAGCGCCUGGCAGUGAGGCAGGGCCCGGCGGGUCAGGGAGGGGUGCAGGUGGCCGGCCUCACCCACUGGGACGUGCCCAACCUGGACACGCUACACCAGAUGCUGAGCCUGGGGAGGAGCAACCGGGCCACCGCCGCCACAGCCAUGAACCAGCACAGCUCCCGCUCGCACGCCCUGGUGACGCUGACCCUGUCUCCACCGCGGGCCCCGGGCACCACAGCUCACUCGCCUGCUGCAACCGGCGCUCGGUCCCGGGACCACAGCGGUGCUGCUACUGCAGAUCUCCACGCGGCCGGAGGACCUCGGGGAGACUGUGUGUUCGCUCAAGUUCGCCGAGAGGGUGGGUCAGGUGGAGCUGGGGCCGGCCCGGCGCCGCAGGACCCCGCGCUCGGGGACACCCUCUUCCCUCGGCAGUGGGACGCCGCCCACGCCCACGCCCACGCCCACGCCGCCGUCCGCGGGCAGCCCUCCCAGCCCCAGCCGCAGCCCGGCCCUGACGCCCCCAGAGGGUCGCAGCCUAGCCUGAAGGUCUGGGGCUGCACCUCUGCAGGCAGAGGCAGCAGGAAAGCCCCAGACCCCACCCCUCUCCCAAGGCACCACCUCUUUGCUGUCUGGGGGCCUCCAGAGCUGCCCCAGCCCUGGCCAAGUGUUGUCUGUCGAUGGGGAGGGGCAGCCACUAGGCCACAGACCCUCGGCUCCCUCCUUAUCACCAUUUGUCCUUAUCAGCACAGCAGGGGUGCCCAGACCUGGCCAAGUGGUUGCCCAAGUCCCCGACCCUGCCCCCAAGUCAGACUUGGUAUGAAAAUGCUGUAAAAUUCCUUUACUAUCCCCUGCUCCCACCACGGAGGAUCCAGUGUUUAUUCCCUACCCGCUGUCCCCAAAAAGGUGCUCCCCUUUCCAGACAGGGUCCAGCACUGGAUUCUCCCUCCCCCAGCCCGAGGCCAGUGUGGGCAGUGAUGGAUGGUUGGGUUGGGGUGGGGGAAGAUGGGACCAGGAAUGGCUGCCGAGUCGAGCCCUGCCCUCCCAGCCGCGGGGGUGUGCCCAGCUGGGGGCACAGCCCUGGGAGGUGCAGCCUAAUAAACACGAUCGGCUCAGCAA